AUGGGCUUGUCCUACUAUGAUGAAAUUGAGCUAGAGGACAUGGAGUUUGACGAGGCGAAGCAGGUCUUCCACUACCCCUGCCCCUGUGGCGACCGCUUCGAAAUCACUCCAGCUCAGCUCCGCGACGAGGAAGAUAUCGCGCGGUGUCCAAGCUGCACCCUCAUCAUCCGCAUCAUUUACGAUCCUCUCGACCUGGAAUAG